UCGUGUGUUGAUUUUUUUUCAGAUGUACGGAGUACGUGGUUAGGCUCACAUGUGCUUGUGUUGUUAUCGUGCUGAGUGUUAUGAUUCUUGAUCUUUUUUACCUCUGCGUGGAUGUUGUAAGUUGGAGAUCGUGACCGUGGACGAUCGAGGAAAGCUAUAUGCAUGUACCAGCGGGAUUUUUCCUCAGGUUGGCGGUGCGGAAGUGUACGUAAUCGGUUUGUGGAUGCGAGCCGGUGUGCUGGCGUCACAGUGCCGCGGAGUUCGGGCCAACGCACUGAUUGUAGUCCGUACCGUGUACCGUGUGACAACGAGAUCUGACCGCGAGGUUGAACCAUCACAUAAGGCCUGGCUGUACGUGCUGGGUGAGCAUUCAUUACUGAGAUAACGAAUGGUCUGUGGAAAGAGAUACUGUGCAAAGCCUAUCACACAACCGAGAAGGGUUGGUGAUUUGAUACCAGCCCAUUGCUGCGUGCAUCAAAUGCCGAGACGGGAGUGGAUUUAACUGGUCUUUUCGGAGGUUCCAGCGCAUGGAAUGUUCAACGAGAGUCACCGUGGGCUAUGACCGUGUGCCGCAAUCCUAUGUCGCAUGUUCAAGUCCAAGCGCACGGUACUUAUCCGGCGACUCUGGAGGAGCCGUUGUGGUGGGUGCUCCACCGUCGGCGAACAAGGUCCCGAUAGCAGUCAGGCCAUCGCGGACUCGGACUCGGACUCCGAGUUCAAAUCGGCCGCCCACAGCCUCCUGAAACGAAUCAAGGACCGUCAACUUGAGCUGUUGCUCGAUGCCGUGGAAAGCCGUGGAACCACCGCCACUGCCUGUGUCCCCCUACCCAAGGGGGAACUCCGCCUGGGUAGGGGACGGACUACGCUGCCCCACGUGUUGUGCUGUCAGCUCUACCGCUGGCCUGAUCUCAAACAUGCUGCCGAACUCAAGAGACUCAAUUUCUGCUGCCAGUCCGGACGCGAUCUGGAGGAACUUAGCUCAGGAAAUGUAUGCUGCAACCCGUAUCAUUUCAGCCGUUUGUGUCAGCCAGAUUCGCCGCCGCCUCCAUACAGUAGAUUUCCGAUCGAGAGGGCCAAAACGGAAGCCUCCAGCAUUAGCGAGGGGCGUUUCACGCAGGCCUCCGUAUCCACCACUGGCUCCACCGUGGAUUUUGGCGAAAGCACCGAAACGGGAAAUACGCCAAGUCAAAGGCAUCAACCCUACGCAGAUGCAGAUGCUCAGGACAGUAGAGGGCAGCCUCACUGGUGUCAUAUAGCCUAUUGGGAGCAUCGGUCGCGGGUGGGCCGCAUGUACACAGUAUUCCUAGAUUCUGUAAAUAUCUUCUAUGAACUACCUCAUGGAGACGGGUUCUGCCUGCGAUCGCUUCACAGAGAAGAUCGGUCGGAAUCUGUUGUUAGAACUCGAAAGAAGGUCGGCUGCGGGCUGACCAUGAGUCGUGAGCCGGACGGCGUGUGGAUGUACAACCGGAGCAACUUUGCCUUAUUCGUGAACUCCCCGACACUGGACGCCCUGCCCCCUUCUCGGACGCUGACGGUUCACAAGCUCAUGCCGGGUUACUCCAUCAAGAUCUUUGACUUUGCCAAGUCGCAGAUGUUGGAGCACGCCCGACGCGAACCGGAGCCCCCGGAUGGCCCCGUAGACCCCCACUCUAUACGCAUUAGCUUCAUCAAAGGAUGGGGGCCACGCUACUCUCGUCAGUUCAUCACCUCGUGCCCAUGCUGGCUGGAAGUCAUCCUGACCAGACCGCGUUGACACUGUCGGAAUCCUGGAGACCUUUUAUGUACACUUCUAGAUCUAAUAUAAUAUUUUAUAUAUUAUAUAUAUUAUAUAUUAUAAUACUGUAAAUAUGGACUCAUUUUUACGAUGUAAUUUAUGGUGCGGUUGUACUCUGCUCUUUGCUAUUAACAAACCGAGACGGAAGAAGAAAAAUCUCUCUCCAAGAAAAAAUCCCUUGUUAGUUAACACGUACCCCUGUUUCUGUACAUGUACAGACAGAUUAAUCUUUUUUAUACAAGAAAUGAUUCACAUUACAUAACGGACAAGGAACCAAAUGGUUAUUAUCAAUAAAACAAUUUAAUAUGCUCACUUGAAA